UGCCUACAAUUUUCCCGUCACUGGGGUCUGGAUCGUGCAUCAGUUUCUGGCGACUAAGGAGCUCUCAAAAUAAUCAGAGGAAAAACAACCACCUUCGGUUCUACAGACGUCAAGGAAAACCCAUCGACUGCUCUACUUCUCUUUCAAGAUGUUCUAUGUAUGUGGCCCCAAUGAGGCGAUGGUGGUGUCAGGCUUCUGUCGUUCUCCACCUCUCAUGAUUUCCGGAGGACGAGUGUUUGUGUUUCCCUGCGUACAGCAGAUCCAGAGGAUCUCCCUGAACACUCUGACUUUGAAUGUGAAGAGUGAUAAAGUCUACACACGCCAUGGAGUGCCCAUCUCCGUCACUGGAAUCGCACAGGUGAAGAUCCAGGGGCAGAACAAGCAGAUGCUGGCCGCUGCGUGCCAGAUGUUCCUGGGCAAGUCGGAGGGGGAGAUCGCCCACAUCGCCCUGGAGACGCUGGAGGGCCACCAGCGUGCCAUCAUCGCCCACCUGACCGUGGAGGAGAUCUAUAAGGACCGUAAGAAGUUCUCGGAGGAGGUGUUCAAGGUGUCCUCCUCUGACCUGGUCAACAUGGGCAUCAGUGUGGUCAGCUACACCCUUAAAGACGUGCACGACGAUCAGGAAUACCUCCACUCGCUGGGCAAAGCCCGUACUGCACAGGUGCAGAAGGAUGCUCGUAUUGGAGAGGCCCUGAACAAACGGGAUGCUGUGAUAAGAGAAGCCCAUGCUAUGCAGGAGAAGGUCUCUGCGCAGUAUGUGAAUGAGAUCCAGAUGGCCAAAGCCCAGCGGGACUACGAGCUGAAGAAGGCCUCCUACGACAUCGAGGUCAACACCAAGAAGGCAGAGUCGGAGAUGGCCUACCAGCUGCAGGUGGCGAAGACCAAGCAGAGUAUCGAGGAGGAGAAGAUGCAGGUGCAGGUGGUGGAGCGCACCCAGCAGAUCAUGCUGCAGGAGCAGGAGAUCCUGAGGAGGGAGAGGGAGCUGGAGGCCAAGGUCAAGAAGCCAGCGGAGGCCGAGAGAUACCGCCUGGAGAAACUGGCCGAGGCACAGCGGCUGCAGCUCAUCAUGGAGGCUGAGGCUGAAGCUGAGGCCAUCAGGGUGAGGGGCGAGGCGGAGGCGUUUGCAGUGGAGGCCAAGGGGCGUGCGGAGGCCGAGCAGAUGGCCAAGAAGGCCGAGGCCUUCCAGGAGUACCAGGAGGGGGCCAUGGUGGACAUGCUGCUGGAGAAACUGCCACUGAUGGCGGAGGAGAUCAGCAAGCCCCUGGCGGCGGCCAAUAAGAUUACCAUGGUUUCCAGCGGCGGCUCGGAGGUGGGCGCGGCCAAGCUGACUGGAGAGGUGCUGGACAUCAUGACCAGGCUGCCCGAGACCAUCGAGAAGCUCACCGGAGUCACUAUCUCACAGGUGGCUCGCACUGGUUAAGAGGACUCAGCCCAUGCAGCGCAGGCAGGCAGUCUACAGCCACUGCAUACGCUUAAGUCGAGAUAUUGGCCCCUCUCUCUCUCUCUCUCUCUCUCUCUCUCUCUCUCUCUCUCUCUCUCUCUCUCUCUCUCUUUCUCGCCCUCCCUUCUCUACCUCUCUUUUUUCUUUUUGACCAUCUCUUUCCCUGUCUCGUCUUGUGUCUUCCCUGUGUCACCACUUGUUUCAUGUUCUCUCCAUUUCAGCCUCUUCUCUUCUCUUCUCUUCUCUUCUCUUCUCUUCUCUUCUCUUCUCUUCUCUUCUCUUCUCUUCUCUUCUCUUCUCUUCUCUUCGCUCGGCAUGCUUCUGUGUUUGCCUUUCUUUGACUUGGCACAGGUAGGCAGUUUCUGGGGAGAUUUGAUCAACUGUGCUCUAAUCAGUAAACCAAUUAAGGCGAGCUUGCACUAGGUAGACAUGGCUGCGACUUAAUACUUAUUUUUUUCAUAUAAAUGGUACUGUCGAGCAUCUUGUGUGCAAUUCCACUGUAUAUACUGUAUUCUGUGUGUUAAGCAGUCAUGCUUGUUGUGAUGGCUCAUGAGGUAUUCAUGUGAAAUACAGAUAAGACCAAGAAAGGGGCAAAGAAAGGAAAACAAUAGUAGGUGUAAUACAAUGUCACUCUGUGGAAACACAAAGAGUAAUGGAGACGUUAUAAAAUGAGAUGGACUACAGGAAAGUUGUUUUUGAAAGAGCCAUGCACAAUAACGCUUUACAUAUGUAGAACUACUUGAAGUAGACAUUACUAUACAACAUUUUAUUUUUUAAAAAGUCAUUUUGAUUUCCGCCAUGGUGGCUUGGUCAAUGGGUGGUCUUUGUGAAGGCGUACAGUAUGUAGAUGAAGGAUUUAAAUGAGUUAUUGUCAAAUCACUAUAGAACUCCUCUCCCCAGAAAAGAGAACGCUACCUCGCCAAAUCACCUGUUUCUUUGUGUCAAAAGUGUCAAUUUGUGUGUAUUGAUGUCUUCUGUGGUUACCCUCUUCUGAGAUGCUGGCACUGAGGUGACGUCACCCGUCGUGAGCUCACCAUUCUUGCUCAGCCAGUGUUAGAGCUACAUUAUCUGAGAACAACUUCUGAGAACAUAAGUGGGAAUACGGGCCAGUGUGUGUCACGCUGGGCAUCCCAAAUGCUUAAAGAAGGAAAGUUAAAUUACAUAACAAAAAUAUUACAAAUAUUAAGAAAAAACACUUAAAACAUUAAUUGUAGCUCUGAUUUAAAACAAAAUCAAUAUAUAAAGAAAAAAAUAUCUAAAAGAUGUUGAAGCUGCAAGUCCUCAAAACUGACUGAAAGUAAGACGAUGUGCCAGUAGUCUCACUAUCACGUACUGUAUGUGUGCUCCUCCCUACUAACCCUCAUUCCCAUUGGAACUGCCUUGAUGUCCACUUAUACUAGCUGCCAAACCAGAAGUGCAUCUUAAAACAAGACCGUCUCAUGCAAUCUCGCAGUGUGAAUCUUCCACAUGGUACUCUUAAAAUCUUAUUUCUUAAAGGGAGAAAUGAUUAUCGCAUAAUGUGGGUGAUGUUCAGAUUUUACUGUUGCUUGACCAAAUUCAAUUGCUGUAUGCCUCCACACUGCGACUGAACAUGAUUCCCGGUCAUUAUUGUCAAAGUUGAAGUAGUUGAUAGGAAGUUACAUUUCAGGGAGUCCAGACAUUUAACAUGUGAUAUUUGCAACCACUACAACUGUUUGAUCAUCGUAGAUGUGUUAUUUAACGGGCAAGUAUUUAUUUCACCUCAUGUUAUUUAUUUAGUGUUUCACAAUUGUAUUUAAUGCACUCUAAUUAUUUGUCUUAUUACUGAUCACAUAAUCAUUCUCUGGCCAGAAAUGUAGCAGAUUGUGUUUGUUUGUUUUUCACAGAAAAUUAAAUGUUCUCCUCAUUAUGAAGUUGGGCAAUGCUCUCUACAGGGAUGUCAAACUCAGGCCUAAGGGCCAAAUCUGGCCCACAUAGUCAUUUUAUUUGGCCUGCGAGAUAAUUUCAUUAUUAUAGUUGGCCCACAUACACCAUUAAUGUAUAGCGUAACAGGACUUGAAUGUGAACUUUGAUAUGUCACAGGAAUGUGAGUGGGUCCAUGUCAAUGAAUUCACACUCAUAAGCAACACAAUAUCGGCAGGCACAUUUGACCUACCACAUAUGAUAGGAAAGAGCAUGUGAAAUUUAACUCCGAGUAGCCUAUUAAGUGAAUGCAUACAUCAUUUCAGUCCAUUUUUUAAGAUUACAUAUUGAGUUCGGCCCGCGACUUUGUGCCAGAUUUUGACUUUGGCCUUCAGUCAAGUUGAGUUUGACACCUCUGCUGUAUGAUGACUCUCUAACCUGUUGAUAUGAGGGAAGUUUUUUGGUCUGGUUGAAGCAAGUUUACCAAAUAGAAAAAUACUUCACAAAUAUUUUAAUGUUGAAAAGCAUACUAAAAGCUUAAUGAAAUGAAGGGAAGUACUGUAUCUUUUAAAGAGUUGUAAUGAUUACAGUAGGUAGGAAAGAAACUAUUAAUAUUGGGUCAUUACUUUUCUUACUCCUUGCAUUACUCGUCUUGAGUCUUGAGUCAUUGUCACUGCUUAUGUAUUUUACUGUGACUACUACAGUACUGAAGCGUUUGUGUUAAGAAAUCAAAAAAGUGGAUUUGCUUUCUGCCGUCCUGUGCGCUGGUUUUUAGCUGGUUUCAGUCGUUAUUCUCUGCGUGUUUGUCCAAGAGUCAUGCUCUUCCUCAAACCAAACAUUUGCCAUACCAUCUGCUCACAGACACCUCCGUCUCUGGGUGGCCAUUUGGUUUCCAUGCCAACAGAUUGCGUGGCUGGCAGGGCGUAUUGAACUGCUAAUGGAGGAAACCAGAUGCACAUUAUUUGCGCGCACGCACACACACACACACGCUCACACACACGCUUUUGCUGAUGAUGUGAAUGGCUUGUUGUGCAUGCUUCACAAGUGCAGCUAUUGAAAGAGUCACUGUCCUUAUCUUCCUUUGUUUGAAUAAUUUAAAUUGUUAUAUAUUUUGAUCCUAAGCUCUUGUUUUGGGAAAUAUGUAUUGAAGCUGGAGUGUAGUCACGCUUUAGAAGUGUGUCUGUAUUAGAACCAGUGGUUUUGUUUUGUUUUAUGUAAUGUGUGAUAUAGUAUGAAGGUAUGCCGACACAGUUGACCUCAUCAGUCCAAUCAAUACGAUUUGUUUAGAUUUUUUUGGCCGUCAAGUACCUCAAGACAUUCAGACUUGUCACACACAGAUCAUGUGUUUUAUCAGAAUUACAGUUUAUUCACUAACAAUAUUUUACAUUGUAUACAGCUAUUUAACUCCAUUGCAUCAUACCCUAAAAAGAAAUCUCUUAUUAUCCAUUGUUUACAUUUCUAGACAUUAGCCACGACUGAACUACCAAAUGGGGAAAAAAACAUCUGUUGACACAAGUCCAGGGAGUGUAGGUCUCUAGACCUAACGGUUGUAUGUUAGAAUAGGAGUAGUCUUCUCUGUGCUGACCAUUUCCUGAUAUAUUAUAUUACGUAUCGAUUUGCCACUGUCUGUAACAGAGAUUGUUAAAGUACGGUAGGAACUGAGGUAAUCCGGUAGAUUUCCAGUUUGUUGUUAGUGCACUGACUGUACUGAUGAACUAUUUUGUAGAAAAUUUGCUAUUCUCUUCAACUGCAUAAAGAUAAUUAUGGAAUC